AUGCAUCUUGGUGCUAUGACAACACAACAUAUUGAAGGUGCACAUUCGGCCAUAAAGAAUGCUAUCGAAACUUCCAAAAGUUUAACAAAAUCCUUUAAUUCACUUGAUAGAUGGUUAUGUUUACAUCAUGAGGAAAGGUUACUACAAUAUGAAAACAAAAGUAUAAAUAUUGAUCCUUUAUUAACAUUGGAUGAUAAAAAUCGACUGAGACCACUUUUAGGAAAG